AUGCUGGAAGACGACGCUUUCAAGCGAGAAGAUGGAGGUCCUGGAAGGUCUCUCCAGAAGGAAUUUAAAAUGCACGGGAUCAUACAGAAUGCUAUAGAGCAAUACAACAAAGCCACUCCUAUCUCUAUACCCAGAUGCCAUCAGUUUAUUGAUCCCGACGACGCUUGGUGGGGGGCUGGAAAUUUGGAGAAAUUUCCUGACGGAUAUUCCCCUUGCAAUAUCAUUCGGUCCGACCGCAUUCCGCCUGUUGGACAACCCACUCGGGAGUUACUGAUCGAGAAAUUCUGCCCUCCACCUUUGAUAUCAGAAUUAAAGGCUAGUGAGGUCAACAAGGACUGCCUCAUCCGCCCAUAUCUCGGGAGAUGCCGAUUUAGCUCACGACCGAAAUCGAACUUCGUGGCCUUUUCUCUUCGGAACUUCCCGCUGCACCUCGACCAGAUGUAUGAACUCGAGGUACCUCCAACCGACCUCCUCAACUAUGCUGUACUGAUGGCAGAAACCCUGGCAAUACUUCAUUGGCUAGGUAAGACAGACGCGAACGAUAUCGAGUUCGUCUUAGCUCCACCACGCAAUGACCAGAAGUCAGCAAUAAUAUCAAAUUGUCUUGGAGAACACACGAUAUGGAUCCUGGACUUCGACUGCUGUAAUUUUAUCUCUCUCGAUAUGGAAGGGGUCGACCAAGCGGUUAGGGCUUUUAUAAAGAAUGACCCAUUCUAUCCACGCCCAACCUCCAGCCCUGACCUGUGGGUGGCAUUUCGACGCAAGUACAUUGAAACUAGCAACGAAGUGCUAAAGGGAGCAGGUGAUAUGGCUCUCCGUCAGCUUCCAAUCCAUUUUAUCAAUGGUGUUGAAGCUGCUUUACAGGUUUCUUCGGCCUAA